AACAAUAAUUUUAUAAUUGUUUGUGUCAAAAAGCGUAAAUUUUCAGGUCUAGGGUUUAGUUAAAAAUAACGUGGGUUUACUGGGAUCGCAUCAGUAUUUUAGGCUUAAUCCGUUUUAUUCGGUGUAGCCACUGCAGAAUUUAUUUGUAACUAUGGAAAGCACACAAAACGAUAUAGAAGUUAGUGAAAAAGGUUCUGAUGCAAACGCAGUUGCCGAGGUUUCACUCGACACUUCAGCAGCACUACCCGAAAAGCCACAACUUAUAGAAGAUGAUACAACUGUUGCUACUCAGGAAAAUGAAGGCGAAGAAACCAACGUUAAAGCAAUCGAUGAGGUAACUGAAGGCGAAGAAGCCAACGUUAAAGUAAUCGAUGAGGAAAACCAUUUAAGCAAUGAGGAGGGUAGUAAAAGCCCCACCAUUGUUAAUGUUGAAAAGACUGCUGAUGACUCAAGGAAAUCGCCAUCAAAGUCACGCUCACAAAGCCCACAAGCACCAGCAUCACCGGCCAAAGUUGAUAUCACAGGUGAAAACGUGGAAAAAGAAAUUGUUAAUGGAGAUGUUAGCGCUAGACCAAAAAGUCGUAGUCGUAGUACCAGUCCAAGUGAAAAAGUUGAACUUGGUGAUGUAAGUAAAGAAAGCAAUAGGAGUAGUCGUAGUCGCAGUCGUAGUUUGAGCCCUGCAUCUGGAGAUGGCAAUGCAAAAGAUGAAAUAAAGAAAUCUGCAGAUAAACGUAGAAAUAGCGCAUCGGGAGAACAUUCUAGAUCACGCAGUGGCUCAGUUCGUUCAGGUCGCUCUCGAAGCGGCUCACGACGUUCUCGCAAUGGUUCUGCACGCUCAAGAAGUGGUUCAAAAAGAUCUCGCAGUGGAUCGCAUCGUUCCCGCAGUGGUUCUGUUCUUUCAAAAAGUGGAUCCAAACGAUCACGUAGUGGAUCUGCACGAUCGAAGAGUGGUUCGAAAAGGUCCCGUAGUGGUUCACGUCGUUCCCGUAGCGGUUCUAUACGAUCCGGAAGUGGAUCAAGACGUUCACGAAGUGGCUCCCGCCGCUCUCGUAGCGGAUCCGUUCGUUCACGAAGUGGAUCUGUGCGAUCGCGAAGUGGAUCCAGGCGUUCGCGAAGUGGGUCAAGGCGUUCGCGAAGUGGCUCCCAUCGCUCUCGUAGUGGAUCAGUGCGAUCGCGAAGUGGAUCCAGGCGUUCGAGAAGUGGCUCUAGACGUUCACGCAGCGGAUCUAGACGUUCCCGCAGUGGAUCUAGACGUUCCCGCAGUGGAUCUAGACGCUCAUGGAGUGGUUCAAGGCGAUCCCGGAGUGGUUCAAGUCGUUCACGUAGUGGUUCUAGACGUUCCAGGAGUGGCUCAAGACGUUCUCAUAGCGGUUCGGCUCGCUCUCGCAGUAGAUCAAGACGUUCACGAAGUGGAUCCGGCAGGUCUCGUAGCGGCUCGCGGCGGUCUCAUAGUGGCUCUCGGCGUUCUCGCAGCCGUUCACCAAGGUCUCGAAGUCGUUCUGGUGGCCGUAGUAGCCGAAGCCACAGUCGCAGCAUCUCAAAGUCCAGAUCUAGAUCUCGAUCAGGAUCGGUUGCACGCUCUAGGUCAAAAUCUGGUAGUCGCUCAAGGUCAGGCUCAGGGUCGCCUACAUUAAAAAAAGGAAGAAAGAGAAAUAUCUUAAGUGAUUCCGAAGAUGAAGGGCCUUCGUCUACCACUAAGAGAGCAAAAAUAACUGACACCGACAAUGAGGACGAAGAAGAAAAGGACGAAGUUGCAAAGGGGGACAAGGAUUCUGAGCAGAAAAAAGGGGAGGACAGUUCAGAUGAUGAAAAUAUUCCGAUUGACGAUAGGCGAGAAAAUGAUAAUUUUAUAUCAGACUUUGAUGCCAUGUUACUACGAAAGAAGGAAGAAAAGCGUGUGCGUCGUCGCAAACGUGAUAUCAGCUUGAUAAACGACAAUGACGACCUGAUUGAUCAGUUGAUCGUAGGUAUGAAAAACGCAGCCGAUGAAGACCGACACUUGAACAUGGAGGGUAGACCAGCGGUCAAAAAGAUCUCAAUGCUGAAAGUGGUCAUGUCACAGCUUAUUAAGAAGGAUUUGCAAUUAGCGUUUUUGGAGCAUAAUAUAUUGAAUGUGCUUACUGAUUGGUUGGCACCACUACCAAACAGAAGCUUACCUUGUAUGCAAAUACGCGACAACAUUUUGAGACUACUGGCCGACUUUCCCACUAUUGACAAAACUUACUUGAAACAAUCGGGAAUAGGAAAGGCUGUCAUGUAUUUAUAUAAGCAUCCACAGGAAACAAAAUCAAAUCGAGAUCGUGCAGGCCGUUUAAUAUCCGAAUGGGCUCGACCGAUUUUCAAUUUGAGCUGCGAUUUCAAAGCAAUGUCGAAGGAAGAACGACAAGAAAGAGAUUUAGCACAGAUGCCGCGUCGCCAAAAAUCACCUGAACCCCAGCCAACUGCAUCCACCAGCAAGAAGAGGGGCUUGAAUUCGGCUUUUGCGAACUCGGACGAAACACCAUUAAGACCUGGAGACAAAGGAUGGGUGGCGCGUGCACGAGUGCCUCUGCCAUCCAAUAAAGAUUAUGUCGUACGCCCGAAAUCAACUGUUGAGGGGGAAAUAUCGUCGUCGACAAAACGUAAGCCUAAUCGCUUCGAAAAGCACAUGAAAAAGUUUUUGGACGCAAAACGUUUGAAAUCAUCGCGGCGCGCUGUGGAAAUUUCUAUAGAAGGACGAAAAAUGGCACUUUAAUUUAAGUUGGGUGGACUUCUCCUGGUGGAUCUUAUUGAAAUGAUAGAAAAUCUGCUACAAACCAAACAAUGAAUUGUGUGUCCCUUGUAAAUUCAAUUAUACUUGUUCUUAUCUGUAUAUCCCUAAUGCUAACUACACUGAAAAUUAAAAAGGAAGGCAGUAGCAUGUGCUACCGAAGCGAGUCGAAAUCAUAACCCGCCAUGGACAGUCACAUUUUCUACAAAUAUGUGAAAGUUGUAUUCUCUUACAAUAACAAAAAGCGGCAUAUAUGUUUGUAUACAUGAUAUCCGUGUCCAUGAUUCAAUAAUAAAAGGUUUGGUCAGAAAUCAGCUUUCUCGUGUGUGCAACCUUCUGUAAGAAAGUCUAAACACUAAUGUCACUAGUGGGCCAACCUUAAUUAUUUAAUCAUGAUCCGUGUCGACGCUGAAUAUGUAUAAAAAAAAACAUUUUGGAGCUGCCCAUGAUUAUAAUGUAUGAGCAUCGUGGUUGAAGAAAAUAAAUAAAUCAAUUUAAAGUACAUA